AGCCCCAACGGCGGCGGGGACGGGGUGGCCCGAGCGAGGGAGCGCAGCCUCGGCCUCGGCCUGUGCGGUGUGGCUUUCGGUUUAGGGUCGGCCGCGCUCCUGUCCUUUGCGACGUCCCUCCUUCCUCCCGCCCCGCUUGGGCUGCGGUGAAGGCCGCGGACGGAGCCUUGCUCUUCCUUCGGUGCCUGGCCGGAUGGAGGUUCUCCAGGCUGCUGAGGCGGUCCCGGGAGUUUUGAAAGAUGAACUAGACAAUGGCAUUUUACAAAGAGAAGAGAAAAUAGAAGAAAAUGAAACUGACAAUGAGCCAGUGUCUACUCAAGAUUAUGAGGCUGAUGAAGAAGAGUCAGAAGAUUAUGAGGAAGAGAGUGGUGGAUGGCAAGGCAGGUUUAGUGAAGAAGACUUCAACAAUAAUAGUAUUGAACUUAAAGUAGGUGUUCAAGAAUGGCCUGAUGGCUCCAUCUAUAAAGGAGAAUUUGGAUUUGAUCUAAAACUUGGAUAUGGAGAGUUUGCGUGGGACAGUGGUGAGAGAUAUGUGGGUCAAUUUUAUAAAGACCAUCGUCAUGGCAAAGGUAUUUACUUUUGGCCUGAUGACUCUAAAUUCACCGGGUCAUUUUUUCUUAGCCAUAAAGAAGGCUAUGGGACCAUGGAAUUUAAAGAUGGAAGAAUAUAUCAGGGACUUUACAAGGCUGAUGAGCGAUUUGGUCCAGGGAUUGAAAGCUACCCAGAUGAUAGUCAAGAUGUUGGCCUAUGGCAUCGAAAUCAUAUAAUUAAACUGUGUACUGAAAUUCCUAAGCAUUUUUCUCUUCUGCAAUUCCCAGAACUCAAAAUCUAUUUUGAGACUGAGGGCAAUGAACAAUAUAUUUCAGAAGAGAACAGUACAGUGUGGAAUCUGAAUGAGGAGAAGGACCCAUUUUUCUACAGCUAUAAACAUCUUAUCUUAAACGAUGACAACUAUACGUUGCCUGAAAAAAUGUAUAUAUACUCAAUUGAUGCAGAUCAUCUACCUAUUACUCACACCUUCAGGAAGGACUUUGAUUCCCAUUAUUUUAAGAGAAAUAAACUGUUGCCGUAUGAAAAACUGUGGCCGGUUACCAAUAUAACCCCUUUACUGAUCAGAAUGCUUAAACACAUCUAUAAAUACAGGCACUGUCAGGCAGAGAUCGACUGGAAUGUUAAUUUCAUUCUGGAAGGCCAUCGCAUUGGUUUUGGCCCCAAAGGCCCCAAAGAAAUUGCAUCUGAACUGCUGAUUGAGAAGUCAGCUGGAGGGGACUAUCAUAGAGUAUAUGCAAUUUUGAAGGACAGCCUGGCCCACCCUGAUAUUGCUGACGUACAUGGCUACACAGCUCUUGCUGCUGCUGCUAUAAAUUGCCAUGAUGACAUCAUCAAUCUUCUUCUUGAUAAUGGGGCUGAUGUGAAUAAAUGCAGUGAUGAAGGAUUGUCAGCUCUAUCUAUGUGUAUUAUUCGUUAUUUCCCUGCGCAGUCAUUUCAGCCCAAUAUUGCUGAAAGGAAUCUUCUUAGGAAAGAGGAACCAGAAGAAACAGGUUCAGCCGCACAGUCAGAGGCUCCUCAGCUUUCUACGGACGCUGCAGAACACAGGGAGUUUUCCGAUUCUGCCCACGGAACCCCUGUCCACAAGUCAGAUUCUGGCACAGAAUCUGAAGGUGGGGGGUCUCGAGCUGGAGAAAAGAGGACUGCAGGCAGCACUGAAGGCAUUUGCGACUUUAAGGUGGCUAUUUCUGCAGAGAUGUUGCAGCAUGGUGCAGCUAUUCUCAGCCGACACAUGUUAUCUGUACCCUACACCCCUGAUGUUGAGGAACUUCAGCAUGUAGGCACACUGAGAAAGAUGGCGAUGUCCUUAACAGAGCACCAAAGGAGAUUGUCUACAAUCAAACUGCUCCUAAAGAGAGGGGCAGAUCCCAAUAUAAGCUGCAACCCUAUGCAUGUCCUUCUGUUUGCUGUGAAAUCUGCUGAUGUGAAAAUGGUGCGGCUACUUUUAUUAGCUGGAGCAAAGACAAGUUCAAGACUUCCAACCAAACUUGGUGGUGUAGCUCCUCUUCAUAUUGCUGCUGCCCUUCUUGAUGAAGAAGGGGUGAAAAUCACAGAAUUGCUUCUUCAUUCAGUGACAGACCCUGAUGUUAGGGCAGAAGAUUCAGAUGACAUAUAUAGACACGACAGGGAUGUCCAGGUUGAUUCUCUUGAUGCGCCAUCAAUGUUGAAGCUAUAUAAUGAAGCUGGACCACCCAAAGCCUUUUGCCCACAAUGCCCCAUUAUCCCAGAGGAAGGUGGGAGGACACCCCUUCAUAUAGCCUGUGAGAGGGAUGACAAUUAUAAGAAUGCCAGUGAGGUUGUUCAUCUUCUUUUAAGUCAUAAUGCGAAUCCAAAUCUCCUCUGGAGCGGCCACUCCCCUCUUUCGUUGGCCAUUGCUAGUGGAAAUGAUCUGGCUGUGGCUGAGCUUUUGGCUUCGGGAGCCGACCCAAAUCUCCCAUUAGGCCAACCUAUUGGAAGUGCCCUGUGUGCUGUUGUUAACCCUGCAUAUGAGCAGAACAGGACAUUGGCAAAUAAAAUUUCUUUGAUUAAUACGUUAAUAGCUGGAGGUGCGGACAUGCUGAUGCCCAUUACCAUUGGGGACAACAUUAAAAGUGCAGUGGGAACAGUAGUGGACUAUGCAUACUUCAAAUUCUAUCAGGACAAGAAACUGAUGCACACCCCAUUCCAUGCUCUAUCGCUGUCCGAGCGGGAGACCUUCACUAAUCGUAAAAAGUUGCUGGAGUACCUUAGUGACAAGCUUCGUGAGUGUGUCAUCGCAAAAGAAAAACUGUGGGACAGGGAAGAACUUCGAAGAAUCAAGCAUGCAGGUUCAAAAAAGAAAGUAGGAUCCGGCGGAGCAACACACGAAACUGAUGCAGCAAAUCAAUUCUUUAAAUAUUGCUAUCAAUGUGGGCGAUCUGUAGGUGUGAACCUCACUCCCUGCACACGCUGUUUUGACUGCUUUGCCUGCAGCAAGUCUUGUAAAGUGAAAGUGUGGAAUGAGCGUCAUAAACGAGAGUGUUUGAUAUCAGAGGUUUCAUCUUCAUCAUCCUCAUCUGAUGAUUCAUCACAGGUGGAGCCGGUGAUGGACCACAUAGAAGUAAAGCGAAAAGUCCGGUCAAAAGCCAAAGACAAAGAAAAAGACAAAGCCAAAACAGCUCCCACCGUAAAGCGGGAAAAAGAAGACAAAGAUGGCAAACAAGAUAAAGUGCAAAAGCCACCGAAAGAAGAAAAGCUGUUGAAUGUUACUGGGGAAACCAGUGAUCGUGCGGAUCUUCCUUACACUGGGAACUACAGUUACAUUUAAAUGCCAGCAUUUGGUAUCUUUUAGCUGUAAUCUGAUGCAAAUGAUGUUUUAUAAGGAAGAUGAAAUGAAUAGAAAAUGUGAUUUUGUGGACCACUUGCAUUCUUGUAUCAGGAGUAGUAAAAAGCUACUUGAUAUUUUAAAAGUGACUGAUGUCGGAUAAUUUAAUUGACAGAUGUAGAAGUGAUUUACUGAAACCCACCUUUGUUGCAAGAGCAUGAAACCAGUCCCUUUAAUAUAAAGUGUAUAAAGUGUUUAAAAGUUGUUAACCUUGGAUUUGGUGGCUGACAUUGUGCAGUUAGAAGCAGCUAGGGCCGAAAGUCCUUUUGUCUGUGACAUUUCAGUGCCAGAACCUCUAACCUAAUAUAUCUACCUGUAAAAGGGAUUUCUGUGUUGGGGUAUAUUUGUUGGUGUAUAUUUUGUAUAACAUUGCAAUUUUCAGUGGAAGGUCAAGGAAAUACCCCUUUUCAGUAUGUGUGCUCCCUUCCACAGUGAAUACACCUCCAAAGGAACUGAGGACUUGCAUUAUGCCUUUGUGGAGAUCUAGCCAUUUUAUUUUCAAGAGGUAUGAGGAGGAGCUGAUUAUGGAGACUCUUUCCCAAUGUUGAUUUAGUGGGAAAACAAACAGAGCUGGUCAUAAGGCAUGCCUGUCCGAGUCUUCAAACCCAUCUGAUGUAAGGAGCAAACCCUUUGCUGCUUGAGAGAAGUAGCUGAUAACCCUUUACUGAAAGAUGUAGGGUACGGAUUUGAGGGACUGAAAUAGAGGACUCUGUGAACCAAAUCUUCUGUUUUAGUUAAACAGAAAAAUAUAUAAUUUAUCUUAACAGAAGUUUAAUUGUUGAACAUUUGUUGAUCUUAUUGGCAACUAUUAUUUUCAAAUAUGGACUGAUCAGUAGUGAAUCGUCUCAACACCUAUGCCGUAGUGACCUUGCAAUUAUAGGUCCUAUUGCAGUUUGUGAAGUCUUGGGGAAUUUAACAGACCUUUGGAUUUGUAGGUCAUGAGAAAAGAAGGCCACAUAAACCUUCUGGGCUGUAUUCCAGCAGAGACUCAAGUAUUUGAAGAUAACCAAUUUAUGUUACUGUGGUCCCAAUCUUUCUAUAUUGUACAUGAUUUGUUUGUGUGAUUUUGUGUGUAUUACGAUUUUAAAUGUUGUAUUGUAAAUUUAUUUUGGAAAUAUUUUCAUUCUCUAUUUUAAUAAUAAACGAAUAGAACAUGUGUUAUUUCAUUGUUGUUUUAUAGAAGUACAAUUCCAUGUAAAAUAUUUGGCUUUUAGUGCAAUAUUCAGCUUGUGUCCUUAAUUAUUGUUGUGACUGGUCAUUAUCAUAGCAUCAACCAAAUUCAGACCAAGUCUGCUUAACUUCAUGUACUGAGCUGAAUAAUGCAUUGAACCAUUCAUCCUGAUUUUUUAGAUUAUUGUGGAGACUGUAUAUAAUUCACGAUUAUCUCUGCAAACUUUAUAUAGUACAUGCAUAGGAAUCUUUUAAAGAACGGUUUAAAUCAAUAAAUACU